AUGGAAGUAAAUGGCGAUAGUAACGAAACAGUUUCGCCAAUCGAAUGGUAUCCCGGUUUACAACUUACAGCGUGUCUUUUCUACAGUCUUAUUCUUGUCGUUGGUGUGAUCGGUAACGCCUUGGUGAUUACUAUCGUGACGAAAUAUCGAGAUAUGCGCAAUGCAACCAAUUAUCUUCUUACCAAUUUAUCGAUUGCUGACCUUUCCGUUUUAUUAUUUUGUACGGCGGAUGGUUACCAACAUUUGUAUGGGAAAGAUAAACAUCGUCUAGGAACUUUCAUGUGUAGAUUUAGUCCGUUCGUACAAAAUGCAACUGCAACUUGUUCAGUUUUAACAAUCAUGGCGAUCAGUUACGAAAGAUACAUUGCUAUAUGUCAACCAUUCAAGACAAAUUCUCUUCGUUUAACGGUAUUUCACACGUUACCAACAGUUAUCAUCUUUUGGAUUAUAUCUUGUUGUAUGUCAAGUCCUUUCUUUAUCUUCACAAAUACAUAUUCUGUUGGAUCAACAUACAACGAAACAAUUACAAUCUGUUUAACCCAAUUCCAUCCGAGUUGGUCGAUUUGGUAUCUUAUACCAUGUACAGUGAUGAUUUAUAUAAUCAUUGCUAUCAUGCUUAUCUGUUGGCAUUAUUCCAUUUGUUCGGUAUUAUUUAACCGCGAAGCUCUUCUGCGUGAUAACACAAUUGUCACACGUUAUCGACGACAAGUCGCCCAACUGCUUAUUGUUCUGAUUGUUUCGUUUUUUGUUUUGAUUCUACCGUACAAAAUCUGGGGAAUCAUUCAGCCUCAAUUAAGUCUAGAACAAUUUCAUCGAUUAGGAUUUCGUCGACAUUCAUUACUUAUCAUCAUCACACGUUUGUUGCUCUAUUUAAAUUCCGCCAUCAAUCCAUUAUUGUAUUCAAUAAUGUCAACAAAGUUCCGUCAAAGUUUCGUUCGUCUUUCUAAAAGCUGCUGUCCGAAUGCGAAGGAACGUCGUUCAUCGCCUGUUCUCGAUUGCAAGGAAUAUCUGAAACGUCCGGUUUCUGUUAGUGGCUAUCGAACUGGUUGUAAUGGAUCGACGUCGAAUGCCGGUCGAGGUUCGUAUCAACCAAUAAAUCUCAAUCAUCAACAGGAGAAAGAAAAGAAAUUCUUGUUUGUUGAUGCCAGCGUGACACCAGUUACAUCGACAGCAGUGGAAUUAUCAAAAAUUAUCUUUCCAUAG